CACACUCCGCUACAGCAGAUGGCAGCAUGUAGCCCAACGUCAUUUCGUAACUGUCAAAAUCCAUCCACCCACCCAAAAGAAGACAACGCGGAAGUAAUGUCAAAAAAAUGGCAGCCUACAGACAUGGUCCCGUUUUGUUGCUAGGUUUUGUAGCGCUGGUAUCGCAUUUUGUGAGUGCUUCAACCCCGAAUAAUUUGGAAGAUAUUAGAGAAGAACCGAAAUCCACUGAUGGAACGGACAGUGUGCUUCCUGAACGUACGGACACCAGGGAAUCAAACGAGUUUACGCCGAGACAGGACGGUAGUGCCGCCAGCCGGGAAGCCUUGGAAUCCGACAGCCGAUGGGAGGCUACGGAGGUGGAUCUCGACACUGUUCCCCUCAGCGGCGAGAAAGCGACAGGAAACCUGCGCGAUGAAGCUGCAGAAGCGUUUGACUCUCUGCGACAUCAACGAUAUAACGACCAGUUUCAAGAGGAGUUGGUCAUCAGGCCGCUUCAUUCUGGAGACAUUUAUUCAAGCUUUCAGUUUCGCACUCGCUGGGACACGGACUUCUUUCAGAAAGGGAAAAAAGUGGCAGAUUACCGGCUUUUCCCCAAGUCUCUGGGGCAGGUCAUCACGAAGUUCUCUGUGCGCGAGCUGCACAUCUCCUUCACCCAGGGCUUCUGGCGGACCAUGCAGUGGGGACAGCCCUUCCUGUCGGCCCCGCCUGGUGCGGAGCUCUGGGUCUGGUUCCAGGAUACUGUCACAGAUGUGGAUGGGGCCUGGAAGGAGCUCACUAAUGUGCUGUCCGGAAUCUUCUGUGCAUCUCUGAAUUUCAUCGACUCCACCAACACUGUGCAACCCAGUGCCUCCUUCAAACCUCUGGGAGUGGGAAAUGUGACCAACCAUAAGUUCCUACGGUAUGCUGUGUUGCCACGGGAGAUUGUUUGCACAGAAAACCUGACACCAUGGAAGAAGCUUCUACCCUGUGGCUCUAAGACUGGCCUGGCGGUUCUGCUGAAGUCAGAGAAGCUUUUCCAUAGCAGUUUCCACUCUCAGGCCGUGCACAUCCGGCCCGUGUGCCAGGACUGGAAGUGUACAUCCACUGCAUGGGAACUUCGGCAGACUCUGAGCGUCGUCUUCGACCUCUAUACCUCUGGACAGAGCAGAAGGGAGUGGUCCCUGUUCAAGAUGUUCUCCCGCACACUAACAGAGGCCUGUCCCCUGGCUUCCUCCAGUAAGAUCUAUGUGGACGUCACAGACAACAGCCAGGGGGAGCUGUUUGAGCUGAGCCCAGUCUCCCCCAUUCUAAGCCAAGCAGUGGUGCUGGGCGACCGGAGGACCUACUCUGUGUAUGACCUCAUGACCCCUGACACCUUCGGAACUCUGCGAUCCCUCAACAUUCAACUGCGCUGGAAAAUGAUGGAUGUUGCCGAAGGCCUGAGGCCUCUCUUACACGGCGAGCGCUACGUGGCUGGGUACGGCCUGCAGACCGGGGAGAUCCACACGCUCGUCUACAACAACCACCCGUACCGGGCCUUCCCUGUCCUGCUGCUGGACAGCGUCCCCUGGUACCUGCGCCUGUACGUCCACACGCUGACCGUCACCAGCAAGAACCGCGAAAACAAGCCCAGCUACAUUCACUACCAGCCCUCUAAGGACCGACUGCGCCCCCACCUGCUGGAGAUGCUGAUUCAGCUGCCCCCGAACUCUGUCACCGAGGUGACGGUGCAGUUUGAGAGAGCCCUGCUCAAGUGGACCGAGUACCCCCCUGACCCAAACCACGGCUUUUACGCAGGCUCCUCCGUCAUUAGUGGCCUGGUGCCCAGCAUUGUUGCCAUGGAUACCAACAGCACACAGGAAGGGCCUCUGUUCAGCAGCUUCUUCCCCUGUAAAGAAGAGUCCACAUAUUUUGUGCGGGUGUACACUGAGCCCCUGCUGGUGAACCUGCCCACCCCUGACUUCAGCAUGCCCUACAACGUCAUCUGCCUCACCUGCACCGUGGUUGCCGUGGGUUACGGCUCCCUGUACAACCUGCUCACCCGCACCUUCCAGGUGGAGGAGCCCGGCCCCGGGCUGGCCAAGCGGCUGGCCAACGUCAUCCGCAGGAUCCGGGGCGUCCCGCUGCUCUGAGCCUCGCCCAGGCCAAGCCAGGCCAAACCAGGCCGAGCCAGGCCAAACCAGACACUCCUGGGGAUUAUUCCAGGACAUUUGAACGGGAUGUUGAGCUGGGGGUUGUACAUAUUAAAGUCUGAGGAGUAACUUGAGGAGGCUGGGAGGAGAAGAGAGAUAUCGGCGUUAAAGCCUGGGGGCCGAGGCUGGAUGCAUGUGUUUGUGAAUGGCCUUAGUCUGCUUGCUGGAAGACUACUGUGGUUAUAGAAAUGCAGCCAUGACUGGAGACUGUGAGAACGGAGAUGAGAACACUGCUCCUUUUGCCCGCUGUGAAAACAAAAGUGCAUUUCGGAGACAUUCCUGUGGCCCAGAAACAGAUGCUUGGAAGGAACAAGUCCUGCUGUGCUGUGAGUUUGGGGGGGGGGGACUGUUCUGUACCUCAGAGUCAGACCUUUCUCCAUUUUCAGUGUUUCAAGUCCCUUUUUUUGCAUCACUGUUUAUUUUUCUGAAAGUAAUGGGUAAUCUUUUUGGGUGGAGACCCUUAUAACUAACAGAAGACCCAGGCGCUGAUUCUCCUAUGAAUUCAGUGCUCAAGGAAGACUUAACAUUUGUCUUAACAUUCUUUCAGACACAUUCCCAUGCAUGUUUCCUCAAAAAGUGUACGAUGAUCAUUUUAACAAGUCGUCGCUCCUUACCCACCUCUGUGUUUACCCGUGUACCCUAAAACACGUUUGUUCUGAGUCGAAGUUCUGAGUCAAAAUUGUGAUCCACACUCUGUGGAAACCAUAUCAUGGGUAGGACUUCCACCCACUCAGGAUGGGUUCCAGAAGCCUCUCAGAAAUGACAGCAGUUUCUUUGCAGGCAUUUCUUUCCCAUUUUGCACUGGUCUGGUGUCUCAAUAGGGUACGAUUUUCAUGUCAUGAUUUUGUGUUGGGCUUGUAUAAAAUGGGUAUUUAUUUGUGUCUCCUUUCAAUAAACUGGGCAGGAAGUCAGAACUGCCUGUCCAUCUGCCUUUUGGAUAACUUCCCCCUUUCACAUCCUGA